AUGGUUUAUUUAGCUGGUGCCCUUUAUGCAAUUGGAUUUUGGCUCUUGGUCGAUGCAUCUAUAUUCAGCAAAACAGUGAAUGCCUCAGUUGUGCAUGUGACGUUUGUUGACUGGAUUCCAUUUAUUUGCUCUACGUUGGGAAUGAUCGUCAUUAAUUCAAUAGAUAAAAGCCAGCUCUUCAAUUCUGAAGGAUUUGGCUCCGGAUUGCAAUGGCAGGCGAGAUUGGUUCUUUUUAUAGGCUUUUCACUGUUGGCAAUUGGAACGGCGGGAUCAUUCCUUGUGCUUAUUUUGAAAUUUUUAAUUAAGGGUUUCAAUACUAUGCCUACGUUGGAAAUGGGAUUAGAAAACGUUGGUGCCAACUUCAGCGUGAUGUUUAGCUGCAUAUUACUCUGGAUAAUACAGAACAUUGAGGAGGAUCAAACUUUAUCUUUGUGA